AUGGGGGUUUCAAUCCUCCAGGGGCAGGCUGGUUUGCGUCGUCGGUGGCUGGCCUUUGUCGCCGUUCUACUUCUUUUGUUGUGCUGGCUCAAAGUCACUUUUCACUAUCUUGACCUCGAUGUUGUGGAGAACAGCUCGUUUUCCCUCACGGAUACAUUGGCACAUUACAUACCCGGAAAAGGGAACUCUGAACACGCCGGUACUUCAGCAGUUCUUCCAGAGUACUCCAUCAAACCCAUCGUUUAUGUGUUCCCCCAAUUCCAUCCGAUUCCAGAAAACGACAAGUUCUGGGGUCAAAACUUCACAGAAUGGGUCAACGUGCAGAAACUUAGCGUGAACUAUUACGGAGUCGAUACACCACGACCAACAGAGGAAGUCGGGUUCUACAACCUCUUAGACCUCUCGACUCGGAAAAGAUGGACGGAUACAAUAAAAAAGAGCCAGAUCCAUGGGAUUGUCUACCAUCAUUACUGGUUCGGAUACCCCGUGAUGGACAGAGUAUUGCAGGCCAUGCUCAAGGACGGCCACCCAGACGUACCAUUUAUGCUAAACUGGGCUAACGAACCCUGGACGGUCCGCUGGGAUGGUGCAGACCUUCCCAGCGGGACUCUGCUUCCUCAAAACUAUGGCGGCAUCGACAGCUGGAGAAAACACUAUGACUGGAUGCGGCCGUUUUUCAUACACCGGAACUACAUUCGAGUCAAUGGCAAGGUCCAGAUGAUGGUCUACAACCCCGGUCAUAUCGGGGACAUGGGGAAACGGAUGUUCGGCGCGUGGCGCCUGUGGGCCUCACAGGAUCCUGAAGUUGGCGGCAUGGACGUUAUCGAGACCCAGCUGGAAGGCGACAACCCCGAUUCCCGCGGAGCGACCGACGCCAUGAACGAGUUCGGCUUGAGGAGUGGUGGUUCGUGGGAUGCUAGCUUGUGGCCUCAAAACUUCCGGCCUCACAGAAUAUUCUACCGAGGCGCUCUGGUUGCGUGGGACAACACGCCUCGUCACGCGACGGAUGGUGGAGGCGCAGCUCUGGUAUUUUCUCACCCCGAACUCUGGAAACGUAGCAUGAUUCAGAUGAUGCGUCGGAUCAAGGGUGACCCAAAUCCGCUCGGACAAGAGAACUUCUUCUUCAUCAACGCAUUCAACGAAUGGGGAGAAGGUAACACACUAGAGCCCACAGUGCGAUGGGGUGACGGCUUCCUCCAGGCCUUCAACGAGGCCAAGGAGUACGUGGACAAACACGUCCCCUGGGCGCCGCAUCUGAUGUUGGAGAGCAGCAAGACUGCCCACGAAGUCAACAACAACAGGAGUGAGGUCGAUGUGUGCGUCAUUAUCCGCGACUUCCACACUCUCUAUCCCUUUCAAGAGGCAUGGACCCUGGCGCAGACAAUUGAGUCCCUGCGGGAAUUGAAGAACAAGAGGUGGCGGGGUGUUGUUGCUGGUGUGCACUCGAACGACGAGGCGCGAAAGAUUGACAUCACCUUGCUCGACAUGCACGAACCACGAGUCGUCAACGCCCAAGUCCCUGCCGAUAUCCAGAAUACGACUGAGGAGGCACCCGACGGUUCAGAAGUGACAGAUUGGGUGAUUGAGAACAUUGAUGCCAUCAGCCCUGGCUGUGGCAGGGCAAAAUACAUGCUCAUCACCAACGCCACCAACGUCUACGAGCCCGACGCAUUUGAUGGCAUCGAAAAGGCCCAGGCCGACAUUGUCGGCAUGAAUUUCGAGUCCUUGGAGUCGAUGAGACUGGACGGCGCCGACCACUUGACCUGGGAAGAGCGUUGCGAUCGGUUCGAAAAUGGCAUGUCGCGGAACUGCCGGGCCCUGACUGCCGACUCUGAGUUGCUCGACCUCGGCGCCGCCUUCAUCAACAUGCAGAGGUGGCGGCUGGAGCGCGUCGAGCUGGCACGAUCCGUCAAGGAGUUUGGCCAUUCUGGUAUCCUGCGAGAGCUGACACGACGGCCGUUGCCAUGGACAUGGGCGCCACCAGCAGCCCGAGUGUCAGAGUCCUGCCAUCUGCUGCAUGCAGGGGCGAUGACGACCUGUCUCCGAUCGGGUCGCCUGUGGGUCGACUUACCUGACGUUGAGCCGUACGAGCCCGGCUGCAUUAGCGGUGCUGCUCUGCAGGAUAAGUACCCAGGGCAUAAGAUUCCGGAUCAGUGGGACUACUCCAGGUUUGACCAACAUCCGUUUUGCGUGCGCUUGUCGCGUGCGUUCUACGAAGAUGCCACGGGGAAGAGUACACAGCAACCAGAACCGGUCGAGUAA